CGAACAGAGCCGCACGGUUUUUUUUUUUUUUUACCUCUGUUUCUCUUGAUUUUGGAAGGAAUUCUGCUUAUCUUUUUUAUUUUCGAAGUUUUCCUUUUGCUAUACGGAAAACUUUGUAUACUGUGGUGUUAUUCGAUUUAGUAAAUAGUUCUAAGUUAAGCUAAUGGAUAUGCGUGUUUCUUUUGCCUUACGUUUUUGGAUGGGAGAGAGCAAAGCGUCAACCUUAAGCUCCAUUUUUGGAUUUGGACACUACAUUCCUUAGUUAAAAAACCUGGCUUUCAUGGAACACGGAAGGAAGUUUCGGCUGGCAGAGCCCGACGACUGCAAACUGUGAGUCGUACUGUACCUUUCCCUUGUUAGCUUAGAAUAGCAUACGUGCUGGAGUUAGCCUGCAAUAGCAGCCCUGCUGUAACUGGAUUUAAAAAUCAGAGCUCAACGGACUAUAUUCGGUGAAUAUAGAGGUGGAAAGCAUUGUCUGCGUCAAGUUUUUUUUCUUUUUUCCUUUUCAACGGUGCUGUGUGAUACCUUGCUUUAAGUAGCUGGGGAAAUUUUUGCUUGUAUGGAUAGGCCAGACAGCGAAAAACGGAUGGUAAAAAUGACGGAAAAGGCCCGGGAGGAAAACGUGUCCAGACAUAUCAUAUGCAUACCAGAAGAGCUAAGCUAGGGCAGGUAACUAGCAUUAUAAAACACCUCAAGCGAUUAAUGGAGGAUGAUGUAAACGUGGAUGUUGUUAAGGAAAAAUUACGGAAUAACUUUAAUUUACAAAGGGAAUUCUGUGAAAUAAAUUUCGAUAUGAAAGGGCUUAUGACCGAAGAGGAAUAUUCGGAUGAUCAAAACAAUUGGUUCGUUCCGAUGGUAAAUGCGAUGGAUGAUUUUUUCUGAAGAUGUGAAGGAUGGAUGAAUAAUGUUUUAAAACGAUCUAGACAAGCUGAAGAGUGCGAUGCACAAGUAACCCCUGUGGAUAGUGUGUCUAUGACAUUAAGGUUAACCGCUGAGUGCUCUAGCAGUAAAGGUUCCCUGUCUGGAAGCAUAGCGUCUGCUGCUUCAUCAGCUAAGAUGAAAGCAACCGUGAAGAAGGCUGCAUUAAAAGUAAAGGUUGCAGCUUUAGAGAAAAAAUUAGCUAUUGAAAGAGAAGAAACAGAAUGGCAAGACGAACAAAUGAGGAAAGAAGCUGGCAUAAAGGCUAGAAAACAGAUGCAUGAGCUUCAGACUGCAAUUGCUGAGGCAGAUGCAAAAACGGAGGUUUUGCAAAAAAAUAUGAAAUUAGGCAAACUGACAGGAGUGUGGCAGAAUUUAGCAAUAUUCUGACCUCUCCGCCAGUAUCAGAACGUAACAUCGAAGUUGAAAAUGUUCUCCAAUCGCAAUUGCAUAAUAGAGCCUCACCCACUUCUAGUGUGCAAUCCAAUGUUGGGCCAGCGCUUGAUAGUUUAUGUAAAGCAAUUUCCCAGCAAGCUAAUGUAACAGAAUAUUUGGUGAAGAACCACAAGGCGUCCUUGUUACCAGAUAUAAACAUACCCACGUUUAAUGGUGACCCACUUGAAUAUAAGCUGUUUAUUAGAGCCUUUGAGCACGCCGUAGAAGAUCGUUCAGAUAAUGAUCGAGAUCGCCUCUACUUCUUGCAGCAAUAUACAAGUGGUCAGCCACACGAACUACUGGGAAGCUGCAUUCAUAUGGAACCCUCAGCAGGUUAUGCGAGGGCCAAACAAAUGUUAGAAGAAUAUUAUGGUGAUGAUUAUACAAUAGCAGAAGCUUAUAUCAACAAGGCUCUUAGUUGGGACAGAUUACAGCGAGAAGAUGAUGCAGCACUGCAGUCUUUUUCUGUUUUUGACAGGCUGCUAUAAUAUAAUGUCUGAUAUAAGCUACAUGGAAGACUUGAACAAUGCAGUUAAUUUAAGGGCACUGGCAAACAAAUUGCCAUACAAGCUUAAAGAAAGGUGGUAAAAGGUAGCAUGUGAUAUUCAAGAAUACACAAACAGAAGAGCAACAUCCAAAGACUUUGUGGACUUCGCUAAGCAAGUUAAGUACAUUCUGCAUCCGAUGUAUGGCGAUUUAAAGGAGAGCCAGAAAGAACAGCAUAAGCCAAAGGCCACAAUUUAAGGAGAAAGGUGCAACAAAGAAGGCCUUUGCUACAACUGCAGUUCCAAUCGAAAAGGAAAUCAAACAGUGGAAGAAAAAUAAGAAGUGGAGAACUAAGCACCACCUAAAAUGCAAACUUUCUCUGUUGAUGCCAGCAGCAAGCCUUGCGCUUAUUGCAAUGGAGGGCAACACUGCUUUGCAGCAUGCAGAAGACUCCAGAGCAAGUCUCAUAAAGAAAAGAUUGAUUUCUUGAGAAUUAAAGGUUUAUGUUUUGGAUGUUGAAAACAUGGACACAUGAGCAGCAGCUGCAAAGAGAGAGCGCAAUGUCAAGAAUGUUUUCGGUCACAUCCCACGCUACUCCACAUAAAACUCAAGGGCAGCUCAACACAAGAUACGGACGAGACAAUGACAAAGGAAAGUUGUGAAGCGCAAUCAGUCUCAAGUGCUUUCACGCAAACUUUAAGUUUUGGUGUCACUGGGGCCGGUAAGGAAGAUUGUGUGCUUUCAAUCGUUCCAGUAUGCAUCAAGGCACAGAAGGGAACAAAGACAGUAGUUACAUAUGCGUUUUUAGGUCCCGGUAGCACCGCUACUUUUUGUACGGAGUCACUGAUUCAUGAACUGAAUGUGAGUGGACGGAGCACAACCGUUCUGUUAAGAGCAAUGGGAAGGGAAUCUGUGGUCCACACCCGAGUAGUUACUGGUCUGGAAAUCAGUAGUCUGAACGGCAGUCAGUUUAUUGAGCUUCCGGAGGUGUACUCACAGAAAGAAAUUCCAGUUACUGAAGAUAAUAUUCCAUGUCAAAGGGAUAUUGAUGACUGGCCUUACCUGAAGGAAGUGCAUCUUCCCGUCAUUGAGUGUAAGAUUGAAUUGCUAAUAGGAGUAAAUGUACCCAAGGCUAUGGAACCGCUUCAGGUUGUCAGCAGCAUAGGUAAUGGGCCAUAUGCCGUUAAAUCAUUUUUGGGCUGGAUGGUGAAUGGUCCACUCCGAGGUGGAUGUAGCACAGCAACAAGGAAGCGAACCUGAAGUAGCAGCAAAUCGAAUUUCUGUAGCAAAGCUAUGAGACCUCUGGCAGCUGCAGUUUAAGCAAGAUUUCCCUGAUGCAGAACAAGUCGAAGAAUUUGAAAUGUCUAAGGAAGACCACUUGUUCAUGGCUAUGGUGUCUUAAUCAUUAAAACUUUCUGAUGGUCAUUACAGUAUUUGCCUUCCGGUGAAAAACAAAUCAUUGAAUCUACCAAAUAAUAGAUCUGUUGCUGAACAACAUGCACUGAAUUUACAGAAAAGGUUCAUGAGAGAUGUCAAGUUUUGGGCGGAGUACGCUGCAUUCAUGGAUGACAUUCUACGAAAGAGUUAUGCGGUGAAGCUUGACAAGAGCCCACUCGCACCACCGAAUGGAAGGACGUGGUACUUGCCUCACCAUGGGGUCCGACAUCCCGUCAAGCAGAAACUACGUGUGGUUUUUGAUUGUGCAGCGAGCUACCACGGAACAUCAUUAGAUCAACAACUCUUGCAAGGUCCUGACUUAACAAGUUCGUUGGUGGGGGUCCUCAUGAGGUUCCGACAAGAGGCUGUGGCUAUGAUGGCAGAUGUCGAAGCUAUGUUCCACCAGGUCAAGAUUCGGGACAAAGACACAGAUCUCUUGAGGUUCCUAUGGUGGCCUGGUGGGAACUAUCAGGAAGAGCUUGCUGAAUAUAAAAUGGUGGUCCACAUUUUUGGCGCAAGUUUUGCUCGGCAAAAAUACGCAACAGAUUUCGAGAUUGAAUUUGGUCAAGAAGCUGCUAGGACAGUUAAGAGGAAUUUUUAUGUUGAUGAGUGCCUUAAGUCAGUUACAGAUGAAGAUAUGGCCAUUGCUCUUUGCUCCAAUUUGAGGAGUAUGUUGGCGAAGGGAGGUUUCCGGCUGACGAAGUGGUCAAGUAACAGUCGAAAACUGCUCACCUUAUUUUCUGAGGAAGAAAGAGCGCAAGGAUUUCAAGAUUUGGCUUUGGAUCAAGACAGCUUACCAAUGGAGAGAACAUUGGGAAUCCAAUGGUGUGCCGAAUCAGAUCAGUUCAAAUUCAAGAUUAGUCUUAAGGAUCGGCCAUUGACUAGGAGAGGCCUACUUUCUCUUGUCAGUUCUAUCUUUGACCCAUGGGGCUUCCUCGCUCCUGUUCUCUUACCAGCUAAGAGAAUCCUUCAAGACCUUUGCCAAGAAAAAUGCAGCUUGGAUGAAGACUUGCCCAAUGAUGUUAUACAGAGAUGGAAAGAAUGGGUCUCAGGUUUGCAACAGUUAGACGGUUAGAGUCCACAGAUGCAUCCACAGAUGCAUCAAGAUGAGCGAAUUUGGUCCUCCAACCUUUGCACAGCUGCAUCAUUUUGCGGAUGCAAGUGAGGAUGUGUACGGAACAGUCAGCUACUUGCUGUUAGGUAAUGAAAACAGCCAGACUCAAUCUACCUUGAUGAUGGCAAAGGCUAGGGUGGCGCCACUAAAGGCCCUAACAAUUCCAAGAAUGGAAUUGACUGCAGCUACCGUAGCAGUCAAUAUGGACAAGCUAGUUAAAAAGGAACUUGAUCUGGAGCUUUGUGACUCAGUCUUUUGGACUGAUAGCACAGCUGUACUUAAAUACCUCAGAAGUGAAAGCACCAGAUUUAAGACCUUUGUAGCUAAUAGAAUAUCGACAGUUCUGAAGCAUUCUCACAUUUCACAGUGGAGAUAUGUUAAUACGACUCUUAACCCUGCAGACUAUGUCUCAAGAGGACAGACUGUCGAAGCCUUCUUAAAAAAUAGGAGUUGGCUUUCUGGACCAAAAUUCUUGCACUGCUCAGAAAACGAGUGGCCGCAGAAUCCAGAUCCUGGAAUGUUAGACAUUGAUGACCCUGAGGUCAAACGAGCAAUCAAAGUACAUGCAGUACAAAUAAAGGAGCCCCAAGAUUCCAUGGACCGGAUAAUGAACUAUUCAUUUUUUAGGUGGAAAGAGAUGCUGUUGGAACUGAAAACAAAGAGAAAGCAAUUGAGUAUGAUGGACAAAAAGGUUUCAGCUGAAAUGGAACAAGGCAUUCAAAUCAAAAUGAACAAGUUUAAAAAAUCUUACAAAGGAAAGGGCAUAACUUGUGAAGAUCUAGAUAAUGCGGAAUUGGAGAUUGGAAGCAGCCAGCCAUACUGCCAAAGGAUUUGCAUGUUACCAAUGUAACAUUGAGACACAUACACAAAACUAUAUGGCAUGCUGGAAGGAAUCAUAUGCUGGCUGAGCUCCGUCAGCGUUUUUGGGUUCCAGGGGCAAGCGGUGCCAUCAGACAAAUGCUUUGUAAGUGCACUACUUGUAGAUGAUGGCACGGAUCUGCAGGAAAGCAGCUUAUGGCUAUGCUACCAAGGUGCAGAGUCCUUCCAGAUGAUCCACCGUUUACUCGAGUAGGUGUGAACUAUUUCAGCCCAUUCCUUGUGAAGCGAGGAGAGUUCAAGUGAAGAGGUACGGCAUUAUCUUUACGUGUCUCGCAAUACAAGCUGUACAUUUGGAAGUUGCAUCUUCGCUUGACACAGAUGCGUGUAUUAAUGUAAUUCGAAGAUUUCUUGCACAAAGGGGGCAAGUGAAGGACAUGUAUUCUGAUAAUGGAACCAAUUUCACAUCAGCCGAUGAUGAGUUGAAGAAAUCGAUCAGAGAAUGGAACACCUGCAAGGUUGAAAAACACUGUUAACAAAAGGGUAUCCUUUGGCACUUCAAUCCGCCUGCAGGAUCUCAUCAUGGGGGAAGCUGGGAGCGGUUGAUUCGCUCUGUAAGAAAAAUUCUGAAUACCACUGUAAAGAAGCAAUCUUUGGAUGAAGAAGGUGUACACACCUUAUUAUGUGAAGCGGAAGCCAUAAUUAAUGGCAGGCCUAUCACGAAGUCUUCUUCUGACCUAAAUGAUCUAGAGGCCUUAACACCCAAUCACCUGUUGCUACUCAAGGUCAAGCCUAAUUUACCACCGGGAGUGUUUGAUAGGAAUGAUCAGUAUGCUAGUCGCCGAUGGAAACAAGUACAGUACCUGUCUUUUGGAAGCGUUGGUGUAAAGAAUAUCUUACGCAGCUUCAAGAACAUCAAAGAUGGUGCACUGCGGGAAGGAACUUCAGAGUCGGCGAUGUGGUGCUGAUCGUGGAUGACACCUCUCCGAGAAAUUCCUGGCCUCUUGGACGGAUAAUAGAGACUCUGUCUGACAAGAAAGGCCUGAACACACCAUUCACAUGCACACCUAUGGGCAAUUUGGAAACUCCAAUUAACCUCAGCAUGUUUUUUGGGCUGUGGGGGGAAACCGAAGUAAAACCCCACAACGACACGGGGAGAACAUGCAAACGCCACACACACAGAGCCGUGAUGGAGACUCGAACCCUGGUCAGUAGUAAACACUAUGCCAUCAUGCUAAAAAAUUACCUGUAAACCUAAAUAAAAAUACUACUGAAGGGAAAACAUUUUUUGGUUCUUCUCUUGGAGACAGGAUCAGCCCCACAUGUGUCAGCAAUGGAUGUGACAAGAUGCCGGGGUGGAAGGGGAGGAAAAAGCCAGACUGCAGCACGAGAAGUCAGUCUGCCCCAACCUGCAGGAUGUAACAAGAUGGCGGGGUGGAAGGGGAGGAAAAAGCUAGACUGCAGCACGAGAAGUCAGUCUGCCCCAACCUGCAGGAUGUGACAAGAUGGCGGGAUGGAAGGGGAGGAAAAAGCUAGACUGCAGCAUGAGAAGUCAGUCUGCCCCAACCUGCAGGAUGUAACAAGAACUGCCCCAGUGCAUGUUAUUGAGAUGAUUUAUUUGAAUCAUGGAAAGUUCCACAUGGCCAAUCCGUACCUCCAUGGAUGGGGUUCAACACCUUGUACACCUACUCCUAUACCUAUACUUUCUACUUGGUUUCUCAGUGAUAUUUUCGGUAGCUUCUGAAAAGGAGACAGGCUUCACUAUUAAUGUGCACGCCUUUCAAAUGUAUCCUAUAUGACCUUUUCACUGAAAUACCCCCCAAGUCAAAAACAUGAGGUGAUCAAGCAGGAUUGGUGACCUGAGGUGAAGGCUUCUUGUCUCACCCACAAGAGUGGCCUCCUGCAGCUGCCCACAUAGGGAGAACUGCGAGUGGGACUUAAUUAGCAGGCAGCCUGUUAAUUAGCAGCUUGCCUCCACAUUUCCGGAGAGUAGAUAGCUGCCAAAAUGAAGGGGUCAAACAAGGCAAUGCCAGACGACAGCACUUACAUAACCCUUUCAUUUUAUGGCAUUUCACCUUAUCAUAAGUAAAAACUAACCACAAUGUCAGCAUGAUGCCUAUCGUUUCAUUGUACUGUCUUGAUUAGGGUGGAUGAAACACUAUUAGAAUCAAAAGAUUUGACUUGAAUGUACGAUCUCUGAGCAGCUCGUUCAGCAAUAGACUUCUACACCCACAGUGUAGGAAGGAGCACUACCGCAGGUCAUUCUUACCGGCAGCUGUCAGACUUUAUAACACAGUUUAGCGUGGUUAUUUUUACUCAUCGCCUGUCUAACUGACUUAUCAUAUGUCUUUAACUGCUGUUACCGAUUUGCAGCUUGCGUGUACACUGUAUAUUCACCAGGAUCAUUCACACCCCACCCCCACACUUGUGUACAUAUCUCUGUACAUUCUGUACUUAUCUCUGUACAUUUUUAUUUAUUUUGUCCAUAAAACUUUGGUUGUGUAUAUAGACAACUGACUUACCUGCUCUUGUUGUUCUACAAUCCUUUUGUAUAAGAGCUCUGUAACACCUAAAAUUCUCAUUCGUGGGAUAAUAAAGGUUUAUUUUAUUCUAUUCUA